AUGAGUGGGUUUGAAGCAAUAGGUUUAGCAGAUCUGAAGGACUGGGUGCAAGGCAAACAAGAAGUAGAAGUUGUGGAUAUGAUUCUGAGAAUUCGAAAUAAGCUAGAACAAAGUGAAAUCGAAGAUUUACCACUCAGUGAUACAACAAGAAAUCAACUGAGACUGAGAAUGGCAGAUAUCAUCUGCACCCUCCCAGAUGAUCUCAAAGCUGUUUUAAAAACCAGCUGAUGACAUCUUCCCUCGGCAGAGACUGCAAGCAGUGGUGUAUCUGUCGAGCAAGAGCUAUCUACUCUUUAUCCAGCAUUUCCUGUGAGCCAAGGUGUUGGCAUGAUGUGCAUUCAGCGUGGCACUUGCUCAAGCCAAAGAAUGAUUGAGAAUAAGGAGAUAAAAAAGAGAAAAUUCUGCAAACUAAAAUGUUUUUGACUGGCCUCAUUAAAGGUGCCUUCUAAUGUAUACAUUACGUUUUUGUUAUUUUGUAUUAAUUUUAUUUAUUAUUCCACCAAAACUUGUUUUAAUAUCUUUUAACAUUCAGGGUCCUUUAAUAUAAAAAAUAGUACACAGUUUUAAAUUGUAUAGGAAUUUUACUGUAUAAUUACAAAUUUUAGUGAAUUAGUUCAUAUUUAAAUUAUUUAAUUUUUUUAACCAUAUCUUGGAUUUUAGGUUAUUAGAUAUGCUUCCCUCACUGUUACGAUCAGGGUUGUGGUCAAGGGAAAGGUGACUCAGGAUGUUCAUAGAGUUUGGGGAAUGAUUUAUCUAUUUGUUUGAAUAUUUAACUUCAUGCAUCAUCAGAGUACAAAAAAAGAAAGGCUCGAUAGAAAUGUCUCAUAUAAUGAUUUUGCAGUGCUGAGCUAGGACAAGGACAAUUGCAUAAAAUCAUAGAAAAAAGAUCUGUGAAGGAAAAUGAGAGUAUACUGGACACAGUGGAUGGAAUAAGAGUUCACAUUUCAGAACACAUUUUUAUAAGUUAUUUGAGAGAUCAAAUGUACAUGGGAACCUUUGUUCUUAGAAAUUUUCAUUUGAGGAAAAUGUGUGUUUUGUUGAGAACAAAAGAAGCCUUUUUAUGUGAAUACUAAUUGUAAAUAACCAUUUUUUAUUUUGCAAGCUGGAAUAUUGUAUGAUACAAAAAGAGAUUUUAACAGUUUUCUAAGCAAAUGGCGUACAUUAAUACAGAUGUGCUCUAUGACAAAAAAUAGCAUUUCCUGAGUAAAUAUGGUUUAUUAAAAUUAGUAAAUGAUUGACACUUGUCAGAUGGCUUUUCAAUGGAAACAAGUAAUAAAUAGUAUUCAAGAAGACUUAAAAGCUACAAUGGAGCAGCACAAGUGACAAUCACAUACUUAAUUUAAUCAGGGGGUAAUGAUAUAUUUUAACUUCUUUUUUGACUACAAUUUCUGUUAUUAGGUACAAUUUGUUAUAUUUCCUAGACUCUCGGGUUUUCCUCAUAAUUAAUUUUGCAUAUGAGGCAAAAAUCUUUUGCUUAUUAUAUGUUGUGUGCACAUGUACAAGAGCAUGUAUGUGCAUGCACCUACCUCUUUUCUGUUUUAUUAAGGAACAUUUUUUGAUCUGUCAGAAAAGGUUUAUCCGUUAAAGGUUAACAGUUACUUGUUAAUAUAAUACUUCGGCUAGUGCUUCCCUGUUGAAACACAUUGCCAUCUUGCAUUUUAUUUUAUUUGUGUAAUGCCUGUUGGAUACUCAUGUGAAAGUACAGUGUUCUGUUAAUUUGAAUUGCUCUCUUUGAAAUGUUUUUUUAUAGCUAUAUUUUUCAAAUAUAUUAAUUUUUAUUAUGAGCAUGCAAUACACUUUUGUGUAUAUGUACCUGCAUUUCAUGUGGUAACCUGAGAGAUUAGACUAUGUUAUAUUGUGUACUGAAAUGUGUACUCGUUUUAGUAUUUUAGUAUUGAGUGUAAUUAUGUUUAGAUGUAAAUACAGUUCAGUAUUGUUCUUGCUUGUUACAUUUCAUGUUCUCAAACUUAAAUUAAUACUUCCUGAUGAAUUUUCCAUUUUGAGAAUGUAAAUAAAGUUUUUAAACCAGAUUAUAUAGUUUUUGUAGAUUCUAUGGCGUAUGUAUCUACCAACCUGUAAAGAUGUUCAGAGCACAUGACUUAAAGGGCUUGUGAGGGGCAGCACUAUUGCCUCUGGGUGGCAAAUGUCUGGUGGAAAUCGUGAACUAACGAUUGAAAAUACUCUUACUGUGUUGAUUUUCUGUUAGUGUUUUGAGGUUUUCCUCUGCUUGUAAGGACUUAAAUUUAUUAAUUUUUUUUUUGUUGUAUGUAGAUUCAUUUUUCUCUAAAAUAAAGUUAUAAUUGUACAGUAAGGUGUGUGGUUUGGGGCUGUAGUAAAAGAGAACGGGAGAGAUGAAGCUGUUUUAAUUCCUUUCCAGAAAUCGAUAAAGUAAAAUUAAGAACAUAGAUG